CUGCCCUCACACACUGGCCUCUCUCUUUUCCCCUGAAAACCCUAUCGCCUGCCGACGGUUUCACUCGCCCCCUCAGCCCCUCUACUCUUUAAUAUCUAUAAAGAUUAGAGAAAAAUACGGAGUUGGAGAGAGAGAGAGAUGGAGCUACAGAUGCAGAAAGAGAGAAGAUGACGGAUCCUAUCGGUGGUUCCGACGACUGGUCUACAGUGUCAUAGCCACCACAACGACGACAUCAGCGACAUACAGAGUAGUCUUUCGUCACCACGCUUGGUUUCAAACCCUAAUUUUUCUUUUCAUCAUAUGAUCUGUUUAUUUUGGGUUUUUGUUUUACGGUGGGAGAUGAAGAGUCCUGGCUUGUUCCUAAUCUUUCAUCCCUUUCUCUCAAUUUUGCCCCGAAUUCAAUGUAUGUUCACCCACAAACAAAUCAUCAGCAGAAACGACGGAUGUUUAGAUGAUUAAAAUUGAAUACGACGGUUCAUUUACUGAGAAUUUGGCGAAUGAACCUCCGUCCUCGGUUAUUAAGACGUGCCAUUUACUCUAGACGCUUCAGAUCUGCUCAUUUACAAACCCUAUCUCCAAUGGAAUCUUCAUUCGGCAUCCCGUUCCUCUCCAUCACCUGCAACACACGAUGUCAACUGCUUUAUCUCCAGUUUUAGGGAAGUUGAUUGGAAACCUUAAAAUACUAUGCACCCAUUUCUUGGAAAGUCCAUAUUGGUGCCCUAAAAGUUCUUGGGUUGCGUUUGACUUCCCAUGCAGUUCGUGCACAAAAUGCAAGCAAUGUAAAAUAAGGGCUGUUAAGGUGAAGGAUGAUCUACAGAGUGUUAUAUCUGGCAUUAAUGUGCUUGUCAACCCAGAAAAGCCAAGAAGAGGAUGCUUUGAAGUGCGUGAAGAAGGCGGGAAGAAGUUUGUAAGUCUUCUGGAUAUGAAAUGACCAUUUGGACCGAUGAAGGCGUUGGACAUGGAGGCUGUCAUAUCUGACAUCAUUGACCAGAUCAAAAUGAGCUAAUAAGUCAACUAUGCAUGUAUCCUGUAUGAUCUGUUGUAGCUGCAACUAAUGGGUCUAUUUUGAUCAAUGUUUUUUUGGGAAACAAUGGUGAUUUUGAAUAAAACUUUGAAGUUUAUAGUAACUUUUUCCAUGUA